AGGGAAGUCUUGUGGAGGGGGAAGGUGGAAGAACGAGACGUGAAGAGUUGUUCAAGCCAUCAAGAGAUUCAAGACAGAGGCGUAGACACAGAGACAUCGUCAUCGUCACCAUCCAUUCGCUUCCCCUUUCCUCUCUCUCUCUCUCUCUCUCUCUCUCUCUCUUUACCCAUUUGAUUUUCUCUUAGCUUCUAAAAUUUUCUGCCUGGGUCAUCAGGAAAGAAAGGAUUCAGAGAAAAAAAAAAAAGUUUUUUCUUCGAGAGAUUUUAUUCUGCUAUCAUUCUUUUCGUAUUCCUGCUAUUAUCGAAGUUGGAUUGUUGAUAUCGGGGCAUGGAUUUCUUAUUUGUAUAGAAUCUUAGGUUUUUUUUGGGGUAGGGGGUUUCCGGCCUUUCUUUUUGAUUGCUUUUGGUGAGGGGGGUGAUGGGGGUGAGGAAGUUGGUGACCUAAGGAAGGAAGGAAGGGAUACUUUUCCAAUUGCGGCUGACGGGUGAGGAGCGACGGCCGAGGUCAGCUCUUGAUAUGAUCGGCGAAUUGGGGUUUUUCACCGGUAUCGGGGGCAUGAGGGGCGAUGGCCAGAAGCCGCAGCAGGCGGUGGGUGGUGGUGGUGGCCGCAGCGGCGGGUUCUUCCCCAAUUCCAAGAGGGCUAUCUCGAGCUACUGGCGGUUUGUCUCUUCCGGCGCCUCUACAGUAGCCUCCACGGUUCGUUCGGCCAGCUCCUCGGUUGCGUCUGCGGUUGCUGCGGACAGGGAAAACGAAGCCGGCUCUGAUCCGGUGAUAUGGGCUGGAUUUGAUAGGUUACAGUUUGAGGAAAAUGUUGUCCGCCAGGUUCUUCUGCUAGGUUACAAGACUGGCUUUCAAGUUUGGGACGUUGAGGAGGCGCAUAAUGUGCGGGAGAUAGUGUGUAAGCAAGAUGGUCCUGUCUCAUUCUUGCAGAUGCAACCAAAGCCAAUGACUUCUAAAAGAUCAGAAGACAAAUUCCUAGAUUCUCGUCCAUUAUUGGUUGUUGUUGGGGAUGGAACUGUUAAUGGAGUGGAUGUGAGUCAUGAUGGCCUUGGCCUAUAUUCCAAUGGCAGUGUUCCUAGUAGUCAUGAGCUAGGAAAUGUAAAUUUUAUACCUACUGUAGUUCGAUUUUAUUCCUUAAGGUCCCAUUCUUAUGUACAUGUGUUGAAGUUUAGGUCUGCCGUUCACUCAGUUAGGUGCAGUGCUCGUAUUGUGGCCAUAGCGCAGGCAUCACAGAUCCAUUGCUUUGAUGCUGUAACACUCGAAAGUGUAUAUAUCGUUGUGACAUACCCUGUGGCCUUAGGGUGUCAUGGAUCCGGGAGUGGUGUUAUUGCUUAUGGCCCACUUGCAGUUGGCUCUAGGUGGCUAGCAUAUGCUGGAAAUCCAGUUGAUGUUUCAAGCACAGGCCGUGUGAGUCCACAGCAUUUGACUCGCAUGACUUCAAAUGGGAGCUUAGUGGCCCAUUAUGCUAAAGAAUCAAGUAAACAUCUUGCUGCGGGGAUAGCAACCAUUGGCGACAUGGGAUAUAAGAAGCUCUCUAGAUAUUGUUCAGAACUUCUUCCUGAUUCAAACAACUCCCAUAGGGCACGCUGCAAUGGACGUUGUCCUGAAGCAGAGCAUGCUGGAACAGUUAUUGUCAGGGAUAUUGUCCGCAAAUGUGUUAUCGCUCAAUUUAGGGCACAUAGAAGUCCUAUAUCAGCGUUGUGCUUUGAUCCUAGUGGAACACUGUUGGUGACUGCUUCAGUUCAGGGUCACAAUAUUAAUGUUUUCCGGAUAAACCCUCCUAGAAGCUCUUCAGCAGCUGAUUUGGCUUCCGCACAUGUGCAUCUUUACAGGCUUCAGCGAGGGCUUACAAAUGCGGUUAUACAGGAUAUCAGCUUUAGUUUUGAUAGCAAAUGGAUUAUGAUAAGUUCUUCUAGAGGAACUAGCCAUUUGUUUGCCAUGUCCCCUUUUGGUGGGAAUGUAAAUGUACAUUCAGAUGAAGUCAUUCACACCCAUGGCAACCAGGGUUUUGGUUUGACUGCUCAAUCAGCAAUUCGUCAACCACCUACCUCUGGUCCAUCAAGAUUGAGUCAGCAGACAUUAUAUGAAUCUGGCACUCCAGUCACAUUAUCUGCUGUAAGCAGGAUCAAGAGUGGUAACAGUUGGAGAGAUGCUGUCAGUGGUGCUGCUGCAGCUGCGACGGGCAGGGUAAAUUCCCUCCCUGGAGCUGUUGCAUCUUCUUUCCACAACUGCAAUGGUCAUGGUCUUCAUGCAGACUUCAAUUUGCGGAGCCCAAAGUAUCAUUUGCUUGUAUUCUCUCCAUCUGGUUCUGUGGUACAGUAUGCAUUGCGUGUUCCAUCUGAUGUGGAGUCAGGGUCAGCUUUUCAUGGUGUAAAUACUGGCCCUUAUGAGUCAGCUGAUAAUCCUGAUGGGAAGUUACUUGUUGAGACACUCCAGAAAUGGGAUGUGUGUCAUAUGCGAAAUAGAAUAGAAAGAGAAGAAAAUAUUGAUGCUUAUUAUGACCACAUAAAUGGCAACAUCAACAAAGUUUCAAUGAGGUACAAAAAUGGAACCACAGAUAUGCAUCAUUCUGAUAAAGGUUCUAUUGUAAAGGAAAAGUUUAAUCCUGAGGAAGACCAUCACUUGUAUAUCUCCAAAGCUGAAUUGCAUGUGCAUCAAAAUGGGUUUCCAUUGUGGGCAAGAUCACAGAUAUACUUUCAAGUGAUGUUGCUGGAUGAUGUCAAAAUGGAAAAUGUGAAUCUUUCUUGUGGAGAGGUCGAGGUUGAAAGAGUUCCAACUCGUAAUGUUGAAGCAAGAGUCAAAGAUCUGGUGCCUGCAGUUGACUAUCCCCAGGCUUCUAAAUUUCAAAAACUAAGUGUGCCUGUUCACGAAAACCGUUCCAGCACAUCCUUACUGCAUCAGAAGCCGGAACCUUUGGGUGAUGGAAAGCUGUCAGUGCAAAGCAGCUGCAGUUCUCCUGACAGAGCGUCAGAAGCUACUGUUAGAGCUGAAACGGACACCAGUUCCACCCUUGUAGAAGAAAAUGGAUGGGGUGAUCUGCUAACUUCUACGGAAUUGAUGGAGGGCUUUGUAAAUAAUAAUGAGAGCCCCAAGGAGUCCCUGCACCAUGAUGAUGGGAAUGUUUCAGAUUAAGGAAUGAAUGAAGAAAUUUGUCUAUUCAUAUUCGUUCCUCGGGUGCAUCAAUUCUUUUAUUUGUCUAAGGAGGCUCUUUAACAUGUUAAUAUGAGGGUUCGCUCUGUGGCGUAAUUCUGUGUCAUGGUGUUGGGAAUCUGGUAAUAUGUUGUAAAUACAAAAUUGUGAAGGCAACAAGCGAAAAAAAGAAGAGAAAUAUUCUUACAUAAUUGAUGGUAAUGUAAAUAAUGUGAUUACACUGUUCUUUGUACAGGGGAAGUUGACUGGUGGCCAUGUGGCAUGCGUAGCCACAUUGGUUAUUUGCUGGAAAUGUAAUGAGGUCAAUGGGCCCUUCCAAUUUGUUUAGUAAGAAUGGUUCGUUCACUUUA